CCAAUAAAAAUUCAACAAUGUGUAGAUCAAACAAGAAUUCACAUGUGCUUCCCACCACCAUGCCCUUGGUGGGGGUUCCACGUGUCCUUCCCAGCGGGAAAGUCUACAGACAGAUCUUUGAUGAUGAGAUCAACCUGGUGCACGCUCUGGGGGAAGCAAGGAACAAAAUCACCCAGCACAAAGCCCUUCAGCUUCCCGGGAGGAUCCCGCUGGUGAGGGAUAUGGAGAGAAGGGCGAACAACGGGUUUUUGUCUGAACGCCAGCAGAUGUGGAUCAAGGCAAUGCCCAACGAUGAGUUGACAGAAAACCCGGUGCAAUACAAGGAGGCUGUGGCUCUGGCAUGUCUAAAGGCCAAAGAAAGUGACUGUAUAAUUGCCGCCCGGGAAGUCCGAGGCCUUGCCGAUGUCAUCGUUUCAGAGAAAAGAAACAGCAAUAUCAUUGAGCGCAUCUCCGAGAGCAAAAAGUUGCGUUACGAAGAAGCUGUGGCAAAACUAAGGCAGGAGUUGGCAUGUGUUGGGAAGGAAAUGGAAAUGUGUUAUGUGAACCCUGGGAAAUUGUUUUUGACCCGGUUAUCAGAAUCGGAUCAGGCUAUGGAGUCCUCCUUUCUUGCUUCUGAAAGCAACAUCCGUUUAGUGUCUUUCAGCAUACAUGACUUUGAGAGGAUGUGGGGCCUCAUCUUCCAGGAGACCCAGAAAAGGAGGCAAUGGAUUAGAGAGCUGGAUGAAAUGUUACACCAGGCGGAGGUGGACCGAGCCGAACGGAUCACAGCCAUAUUGAACAAAUACACCAAGAUUUUAGAGGACAUUGCCUAUCUCCUAAUCCCUGAUGUCCACAGAUUCAUACACAAGGAAGCCAUGAUGAUAAACCAAGCUCUGCUGGCCAAUCGGAAGGCGGUAUCUAAGUUGUUCCUUAAUCUGAUGGAGGACAGCCUCAAGAAGGACUCCUUUUAUCGAUACCAGCUGGAAGAGAGGAAGGAGAUCUGGAAAAUUGUGCAGAAGGAAUACAUAAUUUCCAGUUUCAGAGAGUUCAUGGAAAGCGAUAGCGUACAGGACCCAAGUGGCGUGAAAACGGAACUGGAGAACAUGCUAGAGGAACAGCGAUCGCUUGCCCAUAAAAGAGUGGAACUCUUAUUCUCCCUGGGCCAUUUGUUGCCUGUGAAGCACACUAAGGCCGAAAUAAACGAAUGGUACGAAUCUCUGGUGGCGUUAAAUAAGCGUAUCGACACUCACAAUGUCCAGUCCAUGAUGAGAAUUCGCCUCCAGUACGAGAAAAUUUGUCAGGAGUGUUUGGAAAAAGUCCAGGAAUGCAAGCAAAAGCUGGUGGACCUGAAAAUUUGUAGCCUCAAAGAUGCCGAGAAGAUUGUAAACCCCAAUUUCUAUCAGCUAAUCGGGAAGCUGCAGGCUCAGUUUGAAGUCAAGAUAGAGAAGAUGGAUACUGACUUGGAACACCUGGUUAAAAAUACAGAAAUCAACUGCAGGCACCUCUAUCAGUACUUCCAAGAUGCCCUGAACAUCUUAGAUGCUCACCAGCAGAAACUCACUCAACAGGAGAAUGACCUUUACAAAAGUUUAAACGAUUGCCGCUCCAAGCAUGAAAAUAUUAACAAGUUAAGGGAAAUCAAUCUGGAUAUAUUGGUUGACAAACUAAGGAUGCAAAGCACUGAUGAAAAACUGAAAGCCUAUUUGGAGAAGGUUGGCGUGGCCUUGGAUUUCAUCCGCAAUGGGUACAUGGUCUUCCGUCAAGAGCUCUUGUGUAAAAUUAUGGCUUACCCAGACCACAUACGGCAUGAACUUCUUUCCUACAGCUCUCACAUCAGUCGGUACUUUUAUGUGCUGGGCAGCUACAAAGGGGUAUGCAGAAAACAAAAGGCCCGCCCUGGCCUCUGCGCCGUCAUGCCCCCUGCCCAAACCUCCUCUGCGGGUCCUUUGCGAAUAGGGUCUGCAACAGACACAACGGGGGAGAACGAAGAGAUAGGCACUCCGGAGAGUCCCCCUGAGCAGGAUAGCGAGGAAGGGCUGCGUCUGGAGGAGGAGGAGGAUGCUGAAGAAGAAGAUGAUACUGAGCAGGAGGAAUCCGAGCAGGAGGAGGGAGAAAUGGAGGCCUCUGCCCCUGAGAGCGGCAGGAGCAGCGUUCCCAGAGAUGACAGAGAACGAUCCAAGGAAGGGAACGCCUUGGGGCUGGAGACUGGAGAUGGCGGAGAACCAGCUUCGGCGAAGGACGGGGGCAAGCCGUCCCAGCCGAAGGAUGUGAUUGUGGAGUUCUUCACCACGUCCGGUGGAAACGCGUACAAAGUGGUGGAGCACUUAAAGAAAUCGAGGGCCAGGAGACCAGAAAGAUACUACGCUGGAAAACUGAAGAGCAGUUCUCUGCCUUUCUACGUGGAGCAGGCGUAUCUAUCAGAGAGUUUCUUGAGGGAUGUGAGAAGACAGAUCCGACUGCAGUUCUUUGAACAUUUGGAGAAGUGGUUCAAUCAGACCUUGUCCAGCGCCUGGGGCGUUGUGGGGGCCAAGAAGGAAGAGCUCAACUCUGAACUGCAACUGCGCCUCCACUUUCACGAGCCCAGGAUGGAGCGCAUUGAGAAAGACAUUUACUACGUCCGGAUAGCUGAGCUGCGGCUUCACAGGAACCGCUUGAUACGUCACUGCGCCGGCUUGCUGGAGGCGCUGAAGAAGGAGAGAAAAGCCUUCGUCGAGAUUCGGGAAAAUCACAGUGCUAUCAGCAAGUCCUUCCGAGUCCGAAUACAAGACAUGGAAAAAGUCUUCCAGAUGGAGAGUAGGGCAGACAAGGUGGUGUCUCUGAGCCAAAACCUACACACUGAGUUGCUGAAUCACGUGGAAGUACUGCAAGUCUCUAUGCGAAGUCACAGGCAGUAUCUGGAAGAAGCUUUGGGGAAGCUGCGAGAUUCGAACAUGCAGUUUCUAAAAAACUGCAGACUGUUUUCAGAAGGCGGCAACUUUUCCCCCGAGGAGCUGGAAAUCUUCAUGAAACAGCUGCAGAAGGAGAAUGGGCGCAUAGAGUUUGUCGAAGGCUUGAUCAUGAUUGACAUGGAAAAAACGGAGACCAGCUACUUGGAGCAGGCUGUAGAAAUUAUCAACAAAUUCGAGAACAGGUUUCGUUUUCUGGCAAUGGAUCGAGUCUUCCUGGAGAAAAUCCAGCGGUUUCUGACCAAUAUCCAAGUGAAAAUCAAGACAGAGGUGUCCAAAUCUAAUUGGCAGACCCAGCAGUUGAAUUCCUACUUGGAGAAGCUCGCCGAAAGGAUUGAUGCCUGCACCCAUCCUAAUGUGGAUAAGGAAUGUGUCACUCCAGAAGCACUUUAUGAGUUUGCCACGUUUGCCAUGGAAGAAUUGAAGAAGAGAUGUAAAUACCUCAACUGUCAGCUCAAGAUGCCGGAACCAGAGAUUUCUUCCCUGCCUUUGGCCACCAUUCAAGACUCCUUAACGAGCGCUGCCCCAUCGGAUAUUUCACUACCAGAGAGCAAGGUUACUGUGAUGGGUAUGGAAUACACACCCAUCCUGAAUCCAAGCAGAAUGGGGAAGCCAGCUUUUGAUGAUGCAUCCUUCUACUUGAUCAGAAAUCUCAUAGGACUUGUGCGUGGCAAAAAGAUGGCAGAUGCUCAGCAUGAAAAGGACCUUGCAGGAUCGCUUGGAGGAGACCGAGGAGAAGUUUCACCAUCCUUAGCUGGGGCUCUUCGUCGUGAAAGCUUCCCGGUGGGACAAAGCAAUAUACCCCCAAAGAAAUCUAGCUCCAUUACCAAAGUCUCAGAAAGCGGGACCUCCAUCCAAAAAUAUACCAGAGUUACUAAAGCGGACAAGAAGUUGCAGAUUUUUGGAGACAAGCCAAAAGAGACAGGUUCUGACCACUUCAAUGGAAUCAUCUUCAGUAUCCUGUGGGACAAUUUUGAUAAUAUAAUGAACGUUGCUGAGGAAUUCUACAAAAAGGACAAGCAUCAGGUUACUAAACCAGACUGUCUGCAGGAAACUUACGACCAGUGCAUCGAGGCAUUGGGCCAGAAGAUGCUGACGUACCUUCUUCAAUCAGACGAGUACCACAUUGCCUGUAUUUCUGAGUUCCGGGUUCAGCUGAAGAAAUUUGAGGAAGAGCUUCCUCAUGUCAUCCGCCUGGCCAUUGGCAAACUACUAAAAGAUCACGAACAGCUCCUUGUGGAAUCUACCGAAAAAAUCCGGGGUCAUCUCCAGGACCAGCUGCAGAAAUGGACUGCUGUGAAAGACCGAAACAUGGCUCAGUUGCAUACCAGCUUGGGGCACCCUGACAACAUACCCGUGCUGGAAGCCUUGUGCCAGAAGGAGGAGAAGAGGCAAGAGGAGCAAAUCAAGGGCAUCCUUGUCUGCAGCAACAGACUGAAGGUCUGCGUCACAGAGUGUGCCCAAAAGUUUGUCUCCGCGCUGGCCACGUGCACCGAAAACAUUCUCAUGGAGCUGGACAACAGCCUCACGAUCGACGAUGUCCAGAUAGGAAAAACUGAGAAAGUCCGGGAGAAAACCAUCACCCUGAUCCGCCGUAAAAAAGCCGGCCUCUCCCUAGAAGUGGAAGAACGCAAGCUGGUGGCUGAACGGGGGAGCAGGACCUGGCCUGGAAUCCCACAAACCACGAUCGCGAGUCUCCCGAAUCAAAUUAUCUUCCGAGAAACCGCUUCCGUGACAACAGCCAAAACCACCCUGGGCCACAUGGCUGCAGUGCAAGAGAGAGACGCUGUUUACGUGACGGGCUCAUUUUGUAUUUCGGCUCACACAGAAAUUCAAGGAAAUACUCCAGCUGGAGUUUGCCAGGAUCAGGGAGGAGAACUCGGCUCACCUCAUGAAAACCCAGCACUGGGCACAUUGGUGGAAGAAGUCGGUGCAGAAAAUCAAGCAGCUAUAUUUGUGAAUCAACUUUAUCUUCUGAGCCCAGGCGAAGGCGUCUUAGCUUUCCGCCGCCUUUGUGUGGCGGUGUUGUUGCGGGGGGUGGUGUUGUUUACAAAACCACAACCCCUUGGGAAGUCAGCAACGGGGGAGGGAAACCUCAAGGCGGGGGCGGAGGGAGGAGGAAGCGAAGCAGCAAGCGAGGCUCCGUUACCUGCCUGCCGGUGGCUGAGUCACGUUAGUUCCGCCUUCUCCGCCCCUUCCCACGCGGUGCCUCCCCGCACCCAUGGAUCUGCGCUCCUGCCCCCGGGCGCUUCUCUCCGGCUCCUCCGCCGACCGAUCCCGAUCCUGAUCCGCAACCGCCGCUGGGAUCGGCCUCUCUCCGCCCCGCCGGCCCCAUGGACGCCCGGGCGCUGGCCCGGGCAAGCGGGGCGCGUCCGCAGCCCGGGCGAAAUUGACCAGCCCCGGCUGAAACUGACCAGCCCGGUCCGCGAUCCGCCGCGCAGCUCCCCGGCGGCGGGCGAGGUUCAUGGAGCCGCCGGCCGGGCAUCGCCCGAGUUCCGCCCGGAGAAGGCGAGCAGGAAGACGGGAUUAUUAUGGGCUUGGCCAGCUGCUGAGCAGCUCCGGGGUGGCGGCGCCCUCCUCGCCAGCCCUGCGCGCCACCUGCUCUCCCGGCCGCCGCCGCCGCCUCUCCUAGCGGCUCUCCGGCCAAGCGGAGCCCCCCUACCCCCGGCCUGGAUCGCGCCCCCCGGCGAGCGAGGGGACGGGCGGCCGCCCCCCGCCGCCCCCCUCGCCUUUCUCCGCGCACGGCUCCUUAGGAACAAUGAGCGGGGAAUCAUGAUGCUGGAGAGCCAGAUCCAGGGAGAACGUGGGGAUCUAGUUUCAGAAUUGGACGCUCCGCAGUUGGAGUGGAAGCAGCUGCAGGAAUCAUUCUCUCGUCCCGCAUUUAGAAAUGUGGCUCUCCAGGUUCGGAGCCAGGACCUCCUAAAAGGCACACCAGCUGGCAGGAACUUUCAAAAGCGAGCCGCUGAAAAUUCUGCCUAA